AUGGCCCUCAUCAUCAACACAAGAAGCAGCAGCCUGCACUCCAUGGUUGCUGCUGUGUUCGUUGUUGGUCUGUUGGUCGUGUCGUCGUCUCUUUUCGCGUCCGCCGCCUGGUUUCCAGACUACAAGAAGGAGUGCAACAACGUAGAAUAUGACUGCCGCGACCAAAGAAAAUCACAUUUAUGCCAUGAUUCAUGCCGUGCCAAGGCCCGCUCCGAGGGCUGUAACGACUUUAAAUCAACAUGCGGUGAUCAAGACAAGCCGCACGAGUGCUGCUGCUACAUGAAGAUAAAAACGUGA